UGGAUGAAAUGAAAUAAAUAAGCUCCGUACCUAAACUGAUUUGGUUUUUGCUGACGAGGAACUGGACUGAACUCCCACUAGAGGAGACGGCAUAGAGGCUUUAUUAUAAGCUUCCGCAAAUAGGUUGAGGUGUGCUCUUUAUUUUGCCCCUAUUUUUUCUGGUUACCAACCGGGGUCAUUCCGUUCGGCGAGCCGUCGCCACCGUCAAGGCCACUGUCGUCGUUUAUCGAGCCUCCUAUUGUCAAGCACGUCGUCUCCUUCAAGCAUUUCGCGACACAGGUCUCCAUCUUUGGAUCCAAGCUGAGAUUUCCGUGGCGGUGUAACAGUACGAGUACGAGCCCUCCUUCACUGAAUCAAUUUGAUUCUGAUUGUUGCGUAUUGAUUUCAUUGAUCCGUUUCGAAGUUCGAAGAGUUCUCGGAUUCUUGCUGUCUUUCCUAAUUUCUCGGCUACCAAAUGGAUUAUCGAAGUUCGUUUGCAUUUUAUCUAAGGCGUUGAUUUUGCAUUCCUCCAUCCAUGGAAACCACUGAGAACUCAGAAUCCUCCGUUCCCUAUGAUACUCCUAAAUUAGCUGGAACUGUUAACUGGGGCACAGCAACUGUUGUUGGAAUAUUUGCAGGCAUGUUGUAUGGAGGCAGCAAGGAGGCAUCUGCUUCUGUUAGCAAGGAUGCAGAAGUGAUGUUGAAACUUGGAAGCACACCUGAUAAACGUGAACAAUAUCGAUUAAUGAGAGAUGCAAUGGAGAAGCGGUUCAUUCGAGUUACCAAGGGAUCAAUAAUUGGUGGAGUACGACUUGGGAUGUUCACUGCUGCAUUUUAUGGCAUGCAGAAUCUGCUAGCAGAAAAGCGGGGUGUGCAUGAUGUUUUUAAUGUUGUCGGGGCAGGAUCAGCCACUGCAGCAACAUUUGGUUUGAUCAUGCCAGGAUCACUCGUUUGGCGUGCAAGGAAUGUUGCGCUAGGAUCUGUGCUGGGAGCAGCAUUUUGUUUUCCUCUUGGUUGGUUACAUUUGAAGCUUGUAGAAAAAGCUAAUGAAGGGAAUCCGAUUUCUUCACAUCCAGAAUUAGAUCGAAGGGAAGAAGUAAAGAGUGGUAUUAGUGCAGCGAUUGAGAGACUUGAAGAGAAUUUAAAGAAAUGAAAGCCUUACUCUCUUUUUUGGGCCAAAAAAAAAGGGCAAGUUUAAUUAUCAAUUAUGUAGUGAAGAAUGAAGAGUGUUUUAAAUAGCUUUCAUGUGCUCUUCAGUAGGAAAAAGAAACAAUUCAAUUAUGGUUUCUCUAAAUUUUUGAAUUUAUAUACACAUACAUAAUGGAUGCCCAGGUUUCGUAGACUCUUUCCAUAGGUUCUGUAAUCAUGAGAUUUAUUUAGUCCUUCAACUGCGUUUUGUCUGUGGUAUUUGGGAUUGUGAAUCAAUACAAUGCUCAAGAGAACUUGAGUCAA